UACUAAAGAAAGUUUUAAUUACGAAAACUUGCACCGCAGCCAUACCAACAAUCACCGCACUUUCUAAUAUGGCAAACCAGAAAAUUCUAUUCUCGUCAAAUAAUGUUUUGGAAGUGAAUUAUAAAUAUCAAGGUGAUGGUAGUGAUUUAGGUUCAUUAUAUUUUGAAUAUGAGGAAGAUAUGUUGGAUAAACAUUUGAAACGAUCUAUUAUAUAUUGGAAAGGAGAUCGUGAACCUGAAGGAGUACCAAUUGAAGAGGCAUGGAAAUGUCA